AUGAAACGGUUAGUCAUAUCGCGUACACCAUUGAAACGUAUGGGCGAUACACAGGAUAUAGCCGAUGCUUGUGUUUGGUUGGCCUCCCGAUCGGCCAGUUUUAUAACCGGUGCCCAACUGGUCAUCGAUGGCGGACUGUUUCUGAAUGCCGGCGAUAAUAAUAAUGAUCCGCGAAAUUUUACCGGAAAAGUUGUAUUAACUACCGGUUCGAGUAGUGGUAUCGGUGCCGGUAUUGCCAAACUGUUUGCCCGAUUGGGUGCCAAUGUUGUCAUCACUGGUCGAAAUCAAACUGAAAUCCAAUUAGUGGCCAAUGAAUGUGAAAAGUUAUCACCAAAAAAAUUAAAGCCAUUACAAGUUAGGGCCGAUGUUAGCAAUAGUACUGAAUUGCAGUCACUAUUGGAUCAGACAAUCAAAACGUACGGCCAGUUGGAUGUGUUGGUCAAUAACGCCGGUAUUGGUAACGGAGCUAACAUUACUGAUGACAAGUUUAUGUCAGUAUUUGAUAGACUAUUGAGUGUUAAUCUGCGUCCGUAUGUAGAGCUCAGUCAUCUAUCGGUUCCCUAUUUGAACAAAACUAACGGCACUAUUAUCAGUAUAUCUAGUUUAGCGUCAACAGUACCGAUAAAAACAAGUUUAGCCUAUUGUGUGUCCAAAUCGGCUAUAGAUAUGAUGACCCGUGUAUUGGCACUGGAAUUGGGACCCAAUAUACGGGUCAAUACUAUUAAUCCAGGUUUAAUUGAUACAUCAAAUAUAUCGGGCGAUCCGAAAAUAACAGAUCAAUUGAAAAAACUGAUUGUCUCGCAUACACCACUCGGUCGUGUCGGUCGACCCCUGGAUAUAGCCGAAGCUUGUGUUUGGUUGGCCUCCCGAUCGGCCAGUUUUAUAACCGGUACUAAUCUGGUCAUCGAUGGCGGUCUAGUCUAUAAUUUUGGUGGUUUAUUAUGA